AGCGCUUACCGGCGAGGAGCGGAACGGCCACAGGACCCACUCCCCAGUUCCCAGCCCCGCCGCAGCCCCGCGCUAUUUUCUGCCAACAGUAGGGGCGUGGACAGAAUCGCCCCCGGGGCUGGAGGCAGCCCGUGUUGUCGUAACUCUCGCGGGAAGAUGCGUCGUUGCCUCGGUAACGGAGUUGCGGCCGCGAAAGAUGGCGGGGCGGAGUUUUAAGAGACGGGGCGUUUCAGGGACUCCGCUUCCACCACGCGUUCAGCAACCUGCCACACCUCGUCGGGACCUCCUCGCCAAGGAGGAAGAAUAUAAGCGUUUAAAUGCAGAAUUAGAGGCAAAAACGGCUGAUCUGGUUCGACAAGCUGAGGAAGUAAUAAGAGAUCAGCAAGAAGUACGAUCUCAGUCUAUUUCAACACAAAUUAAAUCAUAUGAAGAGGAAGAUGAUUACAGUUUAAGACGUCCAUUGUUGUCUGAAGGGACAGUUCAUUUAUGUUCAGAAACUAAGCCAAAGAACAAAAACGUUGAUCCAAUAAACAAAGUUCAAAACAAAUUACACUCUGCAAGUAAAGGAAGGAAAUUAAAUUCAAGAGUAAAAUUGAAAUACUCUGAUGUACAAACUGCCAGCGAUGUUGCCAUUCCAGAGGAUUUCUCAGACUUUUCUCUUACAAAGACAAUUAGCAAAAUUGAAGGGCAACUGGAAGAAGAAGGCUUACCUGAUUAUAUAGAUGAUGGUAUUUUUUGUGGUGUUAGUGAAGACAUUGGAACAGAAGCACAGAUCAGAUUUCUGAAGGCCAAACUCCAUGUUAUGCAGGAGGAAUUGGAUAAUGUUGUAUGUGAAUGCAAUAAAAAGGAGGAUGAAAUUCAGGAUUUAAAGUCUCAACUGAAAAAUUCUGAAGGAGAUUGUAUGAAACAGCAGCGGACAAUUAAUUUGCAACAGUCUCAAACAGAAAAGUAUAAAACUCUUUUUGAAGAAGCAAGCAAAAAAUGUGAUGGAUUACAGCAACAGUUGUCUUCAGUAGAAAGGGAAUUAGAGAAUAAAAGAAGACUACAAAAACAAGCUGCCACUAAUCAAAGUGCCAUGGAAGUUCGCUUGAAUAGAGCUCUAGAAGAAGCAGAAAAGUAUAAACUGGAGUUAAGUAAACUAAAGCAAAAUAACAAGGAUAUAGCAAAUGAAGAACACAAAAAAAUUGAAGUAUUAAAAUCAGAAAACAAGAAGCUAGAAAGACAAAAAGGAGAGUUAAUGAUAGGGUUCAAGAAACAAUUAAAAUUAAUUGAUGUUUUAAAAAGGCAGAAGAUGCAUAUUGAAGCUGCCAAGAUGUUAUCUUUCACUGAAGAGGAAUUUAUGAAGGCACUCGAAUGGAGAAAUUAAUAAGUGAUCUAUUUUUUAACCUGUAGUGCAUGGUGGAUAUACCCUUUAUUUAACUUAAGUUGUAAUGGUUUGAAUUAUUUUGACUCUAAGAAAUGAAGAUACUUGAUAAAUCAAAAUAAUUUCAAAUUCUCUGUGUAGAUCUGGGGAUGUAAAAUUGG